AUGGCGGGACGGGCCGCGAUGCGAACCCCUGAACCGCCCGACCGUGACGAACGCGAAGAUUCGCUACCGCGACUGGCGAGACCGAAACGCACCACUCGACCACCGAACAACUACGCUCGUGAGCAGGAAAUUGAUACUGAUCGACGGAAGACGCGUUCCCAGCAAAAGGAGAGAAUUGAGCUAGGAGACCGGCGUGACGAGGCAACUUCGGACGACGCCGCGACCGAGCGCGAAGAGCUCGACGUCGGCGGUUUGGUGAGAGAGAUCGCCAAACUCAGGCGAGAGAUCAGACUCCGUGACGAAAUACACAAGGAAGAAAUUCAGAGAACCAGAGAACAGUUCGGUGCCGCCCUCGCGGAGGUCCGACACGAGCUACAGUCCCUGACGAAUAGAAACACGACACCGCAAUGCCACUCUGAGACGUGCUCUCAGAACAACCACGAUGCGAUCCUGCGCGAAAUUCAGUCCUUACGCGAGGAAAUCAGUGUUCCCGCUGUUGCAGGCUCUCCUUCCUACGCAGAUGUCGCGCGCACUCCGCCGUCCAGUUACCCAAGCAACAUACGGACCCUUUUAACGCUGAACACGACACCCACCACCUUUACGGACACGCUCUUUUGCACGGUAGAUACCUCGAAGAUGGCAGAUAAAGGGACAGGAUUGACCUCCGCAGGCUCGGUCAGAGCAGCGGUUGAGGCAGAGAUGCAGUUAAUAGAGGGCCACGCGCACUGGCGCUGUCGCGCUGUUACCGUUGACCAGAAAAACGCCAACCGGAUCAGGAUCGCCUGCCGGGAUGAGGAUGAACAGCAGCUGGUCAAAAAGGUUGCAGAACAGAAAAUCGGGGCGGGAGCUCGGGUCCUCCGUGACGAGCUCUACCCGAUCAAAGUCGACAGCGUCAACAAGACCUCCGUGCUAGACGAGAGCGGUAAGGUCCGAACCGAGGCUGCAGCAGCGUUUAGUGAGGAGAAUGAGACCAACGUAGCCAAGAUUUCAUGGCUGAGCGGAAAAGAGAGCGAGAAGGCCUAUGGUUCAAUGGUGGUUUACCUGACCAAACGCAUCGACGCGCGAAGGCUCUUGGCCGACGGAUUUUUCCACGCGGGGGGAGAAUCUGGUGCCAUAAGGCAUUCCAGUGCAAGAACGCCCAGAAAUGCGCGAAAUGUGCUACAGAGGGCCAUCGCCACAGCGACUGUAUCCAACCGGUUCCAAAGUGUGUACCGUGCGGAGGGCCUCACGAAUCGUACAGCAAGAACUGCCGGAAGCUCUAUCCAUCACGUCAUGAAUAAUUCUCUUCGAAUAAUUCAGCUGAACGUGAGGAAGCAGGGUGCAGUGCACGAGAGUUUAAUGAAUGACGAAGACACUCAAAACGCGGUGGCGCUAGCGAUCCAGGAACCUCAAGCGAGGAGGAUUCAAGGCCGGCUCUUGACCACUCCAAUGGGGCAUCACAAGUGGACAAAGAUGGUGCCCUCCACCUGGAGGGAGGGGAGAUGGGCGAUUCGGAGCAUGCUCUGGGUCAACAAAGAAGUCGAAGCGGAGCAAGUCCCUGUACAGUCUCCAGACAUCACAGCAGCGAUGGUCAGGCUCCCCGAGCGACUGAUCUUUAUGGCAUCGGUUUACGUUGAAGGAGGCAAUAUCUCAGCCUUGGACGAUGCGUGCAAUCAUUUACACGAUGCGAUCACAAAAGUACGACGAGAGACAGGCGCCGUGGUGGAGAUUCUGAUGGUGGGGGACUUCAACCGACACGAUCAACUCUGGGGUGGAGACGAGGUGUCGCUGGGAAGACAAGGAGAAGCGGAUCCGAUCAUUGGCCUCAUGAAUGAGUUUGCGCUCAGUAGCUUGCUUAAACGCGGCACCAAGACAUGGCACGGCGGCGGACAAAGUGGAGACUGCGAGUCUACCAUCGAUCUCGUCCUAGCUUCAGAAAAUCUGACGGACUCCAUGACAAAAUGUGCUUUACUCGAGACAGACCACGGCUCUGAUCACUGCGCCAUUGAGUCCGUGUUCGACGCCCAGUGGUCGGGCCCAAAGCACCAAGAGCGACUUUUACUGAAGAAUGCACCAUGGAAGGAGAUUAACGCCAGGAUUCAGAACGCUCUGGCCAUCCUUCCGUCGGAGGGCACGGUACAGCAGAAAACGGAUCGACUCAUGUUGGCAGUGUCCGAAGCGGUGCACGCUUUAACCCCGAGGGCGAAACCAUCACCACAUGCGAAGCGAUGGUGGACAGCUGACCUCACUCAACUCCGUCAUAUAUAUACGUACUGGAGAAACCGUGCUCGCUCCGAGCGACGGGCGGGGCGAAAAGUCCCCCGGCUCGAAACGAUGGCCCAGGAUGCGGCCAAACAAUACCACGAUGCCAUUCGUAAACAAAAGAAGAAGCACUGGAACGAGUUUCUCGCAGACAACGACAACAUCUGGAAAGCCGCCAAGUACCUCAAGUCAGGAGACAAUGCCGCGUUCGGGAAGAUUCCGCAGCUCCUCAGAGCCGAUGGAACCACUACGAACGAUCACAAGGAGCAAGCGGAGGAAUUGAUAUCCAAGUUCUUCCCGCCUUUGCCAGAGAACAUCGACGAGGAAGGAGUGAGACCACAAAGAGCGCCUGUAGACAUGCCAGCCGUCACUAUGGAGGAGAUAGAGCGGCAACUGUCAGCGGCCAAGUCGUGGAAGGCACCUGGUGAAGACGGCCUACCGGCGAUCGUUUGGAAGAUGACGUGGCCUACAGUCAAGCACAGGGUCCUCGACCUCUUUCAAGCCUCGCUGCAAGAGGGCACACUGCCAAGACAGUGGAGACAGGCCAAGAUCAUACCGCUCAAGAAGCCGAAUAAAGAUGACUACACCAUUGCAAAGGCAUGGAGACCUAUCUCACUCCUUGCGACACUCGGAAAGAUACUCGAAUCGGUGAUCGCAGAGAGGAUCUCGCACGCGGUGGAGACGCAUGGACUGCUCCCGACGAGCCACUUUGGGGCUCGAAAGCAGCGGUCCGCAGAGCAAGCACUGGUAUUCCUGCAGGAGCAGAUCUAUGCGGCGUGGCGUGGCCGACGAGUGCUGAGCUUGAUCAGCUUCGAUGACAAGGGAGCCUACAACGGAGUAUGCAAAGAACGACUGAUCCAGAGGAUGAAAGCCCGAGGUAUACCGGAGGUCUUGCUUCGUUGGGUUGAGGCCUUCUGCUCGGAACGAACGGCAAAUAUCCUGAUCAACGGGCAGUUAUCUGAGACUCAAAGCUUGCCACAAGCUGGGCUGCCGCAGGGCUCGCCCCUGUCUCCGAUUUUAUUUCUGUUUUUCAAUGCAGACCUCGUGCAAAGACAGAUCGACAGCCAGGGAGGAGCAGUCGCUUUCGUGGAUGAUUUUACCGCGUGGGUGACCGGUCCGACCGCGCAGAGUAACCGGGAAGGAAUUGAAGCCAUCAUCAACGAGGCGCUCAACUGGGAAAAGAGAAGCGGAGCGACAUUUGAGGCUGAUAAGACGGCUAUCAUACACUUUGCUCCCAAGAUGCGUAAAUUGGACCAUGAGCCAUUCACCAUCAAGGGGCAGACGGUGGUACCCAAAGACAACGUUAAGAUCCUGGGUGUCUUGAUGGACACGAGACUCAAGUACAAGGAGCAUAUCGCGAGAGCAGCGUCUAAGGGUCUCGAAGCAGCGAUGGAGCUUCCGCGACUCCGAGGCCUCUCCCCAGCAACCGCGCGACAGCUAUUCGCAUCGACAGUAGCACCAGUAGUGGACUACGCCUCCAAUGUCUGGAUGCACGCGUGCAAGGAUAAAGCCAUGGGGCCGAUCAACCGAGUCCAAAGAGUAGGCGCGCAAGCCAUUGUGGGGACAUUUCUCACAGUCGCGACUAGUGUCGCAGAGGCGGAGGCUCACAUGGCUACUGCACAACGUCGAUUUUGGAAACGAGCCGUGAAAAUGUGGACAGACAUCCACACCUUGCCGGAAACCAAUCCUCUUCGCCGGUGUACAGAUCAGAUCAGAAAGUUCAGAAGAUACCACCGCUCACCACUGUAUCACGUAGCCGAUACGCUCAAGCACAUCGACAUGGAGACAUUAGAAACGAUCAACCCCUUCACGCUAUCCCCGUGGGCGGAACGCGUACAAACCGACAUUGAUGAGCAGCAUAAGUCCCUGGCCGAAGCAGGCGGGUGCACGCAGGUCGCGGUUAGCAGCUCUGCACGAAACGAGCUGGUGGGUUUUGGAGUGGCCAUCGAGAAGCGACCACCUCGGAAUCGGAAGCUUAAACACAAAGCGCUAUCCAUCACCUUGGCUGCAAGGGCAGAGCAGAAUCCAUUCUCUGCGGAACUGGCAGCCAUGGCACAUGUAUUGAGCACGGCGACAGGACUGAAAGACUACACGAUCACGCUGCUCACAAGCAACAAAGCGGCGGUUCUCACACUCAGGAACCCUCGACAACAAUCUGGCCAGGAGUUCGUGUGUCGGAUAUACAAGUUGAUUAAAAGGUUGCAGAGAAACGGAAACCAUGUUCAAGUCCGCUGGGUUUCUGCCAGUGAAGACAACAAGCUGCUAGGUCUGGCUAAAGAACAGGCUAGAGCCGCGACACAAGAAGAUGCCCUCUUGCAAGAACGCGCCCCAAGGAUAAAAUCAACCACGCUGAAUCUCGCACGGUCUCAAGCAGUCCCCAGAAAUACCCUGCCAGCGGACGUCGGAAAGCACGCCAAACGAGUAGAUGCAGCACUCCCAGGAAAACACACGCGACAGCUGUAUGAUCCCUUGUCAUGGAAGGAAGCGACCGUGCUAGCCCAACUCCGGACGGGCAUGGCGAGACUGAAUGGAUACCUCUAUCGAAUCAACGCGGCCGACACGGAUCAGUGUGCGUGCGGACAAGCUAAGGAGACUGUGGAGCACUUCCUCUUUCGAUGUCGGAAGUGGACCACACACCGGACGGAUAUGCUACAAUGUACCGACACUCACCGAGGAAAUCUGCCCUUUUACCUGGGAGGGAAGUCGCCUUCCGACGAUCAAAAGUGGACGCCAAACUUAGAGGCAGUACGGGCCUCAAUACGAUUCGCCAUAGCCACAGGCCGCCUCGAGGCCACUUAA